CCUUAUGCCAUAUUUUGAUAAUAUCCAAUAGCUCACAAAGAAUAUGCGGUUUCGAACUCAACUGGUCAACAUAGCCACCUUCUCCAAAUUAACCGCGUCGCUCUCAUCUCUGGGGAAAGUAUGCUGGAUGCGGCUGGAGGAUGGCGUCGUUCGAUUCACCAUCAUUCCUGAUCGGGGGACUCAAGUCUGGGCUCAGAUGCCUGUGGACUCCAUCUUCGACCCCGAAACAUACAUCCUAGAAUCCAACUCCGGCAUCAUCAACCUCGAAGUGCCCGUCGGGGCCCUUCAUCGCGCCCUCCGCUCCGCCACCGCCGCCUCGUCCGCCCAGAUCCGCCUCACCAAGAAAGGCAACAUCCCCCUCCUCGCACUCACCAUUCAUGUCUCCUCCUGGACCAAAGGCACCAACGCCCUCGGGAUCAGCGAGUCCGAGUCCGGCACCGCCCCCGCCGGGAACCCGUCAGGCCCGCGCGAGCGCGAGACGGUCGUCACGCAGGAAGUGCCGGUGAAGAUGCUUCACCAGACGGCGGUGGACGGGCUGCACGAGCCGCGGUGCAGGGACCCGGACGUGAACAUCAUCCUGCCGAGCCUGGCGCAGCUGAAGAGCAUCUCGGAGCGGUUUACGCGGCUGGCGACGGAGACGACGACGGGGGGAGCGAAAGCUUCGACGUCGGCCGCGGGGCUGACGAACGGGACGGGCGCGUCGUCGGCUAAACUGGAACUGUCGGCCAAUAUGCAUGGCUCGUUGAGGUUGGCGAUUGCUACGGAUGCCUUGCGCAUCUCGAGUGUCUGGACGGAUCUGGUGAACCCUGCGCUGGAUCCGAGUCAGUUGUCGCAGACGGAGAUCGAGCAGUUGCCGAGUGAGAGGAUGCGCGCGAUCGCGGAUGAUGAUGAGGCGGGGUGGGCGAAGGUGAGGAUUGAUGGGAAGGAUUGGGGGCGCGUGUUGAGUGUUGGGAGGUUGAGUCCGAAGGUGGUUGCUUGUUUCGUCCAUGAAACGGCUUUGAUUCUUUACGUAUAUCUCCCUGGGAGCUGGAAUGGAGAAGAUUCCUGUCUAACGUACUAUAUCAACUCCUAUGCCUCUUGAUGUGGUUGGAAAGCUUUGGACCAAGAUUACGAUAAUCUAAUGAAUCUACCACCAUAUUUGGUGGGUAAUGAUAUGUAAAUAGAUCAUGAAGAUAGGCAUAGCAAUGAUGAUAUUAUU